UAAAAAAGCGAAACAGAAUCACCACAAAUUCUUAGAGAGAGAGAGCGAAAAUUCUAGAGAGAGAGACUGUGAGAGAGUGUUUAUGGUUUAUGCGGCGAAGAAGAAGAUGGAUAACGGAUUCGACGAUUCAGCUUCUUCCGCAGCUUACUCCAACACUGGAAGCAGCUCAAUCAGCUCCAGAGACGCCUAUCUCAAGCAAUUGAGCAGAAAUUCGCACAAAAUUGCAAAACCUAAUCGGAAGCCCCUCCCCCUCCCUCCGGCGGCGUCGCUCUCCGACGGAAUUUCGAUUCUCGAGCCGAAUUCGGCCAAUUCGCAGCCGCAAUCGCAGCAGCCGCCGGUCUACAACAUCAACAAGAGCGAUUUCCGCGACGUCGUCCAGCGGCUCACCGGCUCGCCGUCGCACGAGCGGUUUGCGGCGCCGCAAACCCGGCCGCCGAGCUCUCGAUUGCAGAGAAUCCGCCCCCCUCCCCUCUCGCAGAUCUUCAAUCGACCUCCUCCGAUUCUCCCCCAAAACGGCGGCGUUUCGCAGCCGUUCACCCCUCUCCCGCCGCUGCCGUCCGUACACCCCGCCGCGGAGUCUCCUGUCUCCGCCUACAUGCGGUUUCUCCAAUCCUCCGCCCCCGCCGCUUCGGCUUCCUACCCCUGGCCUACUCCGCCGCGGCAUCCGGAAGCCCUAAUUCCCCAAUCCGCUCCGCCGCCGGAAUCGCCGGUCUCUGCUUACAUGCGAUUUCUCACUGCCUCGCCGCAGUGGAACGCCGCCGCGCCGCAGCAAUUUCCGGCAAUGCCUCCGUUUCCGGCGAUGCCGCUCUCGCCGCUGGCGUUUGGGUGCAUUCCGUCUCCGAAGUCGCCCUACGGCGCGCUGUUCUCGCCGACGGGUCAAUUGGGGCUGCCGCAGCUGCCGUUGUCGCCGACGCCACCGGUUUCGAGCCCUAGGUGGAAGGGGAUGUGAUUGUGAGGGGAUUCUCUAAAUGUAAGAAAAGAAGGUAAGGGAUUUUGGGAUUCUACAGCUUCUUAUUGCUUAGGUUUUGAUGGUAGCAAUACUGUAUAUUUAUUUACAUGGUGGUUUUGGGGUAUGAUUAUAGUAGUAAGGAAUUAUUGUAUUUACAUUUGUUCUUUACAUGAACAGUGAAGAAGGCAAAGGAAGUUAAGGUGCCUUUGUCUUUCCCUGUUUGUAGAAUCUAUUGGAGUAUUGGGAAUUCAGUUUCAAAAUUUCCCCUUUUCA